AUGAAGCCAGACCAUCUUGCGCAAAGUGUACCCUCGGACGUCAUCGAUGCAGCGGCACAGGUUACGGCCCUCAGCAGAGCGCCUGGCUGCUUCGUUGCGCCCUUUUCUGACGCGCCGCAGAGAAGCGAGCGGUAUAUGUUUUCUCUUUUCCGGGACCAAGUCACUCCAGGCUUGCUCGAUGUCUUUGACCCGGACUUUUGGGCGGUCGCGAUCCCCCAGGCAGGCCAGGUCUAUCCUGCUGUGUGGCACGCACUGGUGGCCGCGACGACCCUGCAAUAUUGGCGCCUGCGCAACAAGAGAGACUCUAACUCGGACAUGGCUCGAGCAGGCAAUCUGCAUGAUUACGCUUUGAAGCAUUGCAAUUUGUCAUUACGCCAUCUCGGCCAAGUACAGCAAGCGACGGCCAAGGCGGCUGACUGGGAGAUGGUGCUUCUCACCUGCAUCAUUCUCAUUUACUACGCGAGCUUGCGCCGAGACGUUGCGGAGGCGCUUAUACAUAUCCGAAGUGGCUUCUUUCUUUCCCAUCUUUGGUACUCACAGGAUCAUAGCCAAGGCGGUGCCAUGUGCAGUCGACCAGCCAACUGCAUCACCCCAAUCGGCUCUAUGCAGCUGCGAUUUCGCCGUCUCGAGGUCCUCACCUUCUUGGCACCCUUUCAGAUGAACGAUUCUGCGGCCCACAGAUGUCGCUUCCCCGUUGUGUCGCCCAAUACAGCCUUCUCCAACAUGACGGAAGCAUACUUGGAGUUGCUUGCCAUUGACGUCGCCUGGAAAACCCUCAUCAGGUCAGAGCUUCCCACCUGUGGUAGUACCAAGCUGCAGUUUAUUGUACACGGUUGUCGAGAGCUGCGAGAUCCUUUUUUGAAAUGGCAGAAAAAAUACAUUGCCCUCCUACAUGUAGUGAAGCCGCCGGAGCCGAGCAACGCAGAUUACAAAGCCGAGUCCAUGCGGCGACUCGUGCUGCGGCUGUUGGAUCUUACACUGGAAGCCUUGGUCAUGGUGGAUACGGAUAUCGGCGAGAUUGCCCGUGACAACUUUAAUGGCAACUAUGAGCACAUGGUGGACAUUGUCGGCUACAUUCUCAACCUGCAGGAGCGCGAGGCCCUCGACAGCUCUGCACCUUCGCUGACACAGUCAUCCCAGUUCCGCUCCCUCAUUGGACUACCCAUGGUUGCGGUUGGCCAUAUCUGCCGCAUACCGGAGGUGCGGACUCGUGCCAUUGAGCUUCUACAGACGAUGCCAUUCACGGAUGGCGUCUUUGAUAGUGCUUUCUUCGUCGGGCUGGCCAAAGAGCAACAACGCGUCGAAGAGCGAGGCUGGCUUGCAUCGCUGCUCGGAAAAGGCUGCGACUGUGUGCCGGGUAAAUUUGUUUGCAACAACUACCGGGUUCAUCAGCUGUACAUUUCGCCACCCAGCCACGACCGCCUGACUAAAGCACGCUUUCGAACAAUAUAUGACAUACGACACAACAUGACGGGUAUAGAGUGUGUUUUGCACUCAGUAUAA